CUUGGUGAGCAACAUGGAAGCUGCUCAUUCUCCAUCCCCCAUCCGCUGCUGCUGGCUCCGCCUCCGCUACUUGGCAGCUACUAGCAUUAUCUGUGGCUGCUCUUGCCUGGGAGUCGUGGCCCUUGUGUUUGCCGUUAAGAUUCUGUGCGCUGAUUGGCUGCAUCUGAAGCCCCGCCCUAGCGUCCCAGACUUAGGUAACUCCGAGCUCCAACGCCCGCGCCAACCUCGGGACUCCGCGCUUCGUAUUGGACUGCCAAUUUCCAAUCGGAAGGGUUUUUGAAUCUCAAUCUUCAAGCGGCGCUGGCCAUUUGCGGACGGGUGGGGGCGGGGCCUGGGGUCUUCGCCGGUGCCGCCCGGGGGUAAGGUAAGGGACUGGAGGCGAACCCCGCGACAGAGCGGCUUCGUGUCGACCCUGGCUUCUCUCUCCUCCCCCGCUGCCCCCCACCACCUUCAGAAUGACGCUGGACGUGGGGCCGGAGGAUGAGCUGCCCGACUGGGCCGCGGCCAAGGAAUUUUACCAGAAGUACGACCCUAAGGACGUCAUUGGCAGAGGAGUGAGCUCCGUGGUGCGCCGUUGCAUUCAUCGAGCUACUGGCCAUGAGUUUGCGGUGAAGAUCAUGGAAGUGACAGCUGAGCGACUGAGUCCCGAACAGCUAGAGGAGGUGCGAGAAGCCACGCGCCGAGAGACGCACAUCCUUCGCCAGGUCGCCGGUCACCCCCACAUCAUCACUCUCAUCGAUUCCUACGAGUCUUCUAGCUUCAUGUUCCUGGUGUUUGACCUGAUGCGGAAGGGAGAGCUGUUUGACUAUCUCACAGAGAAGGUGGCCCUCUCAGAAAAGGAAACCAGGUCCAUCAUGAGGUCUCUGCUGGAAGCAGUGAGCUUUCUCCAUGCCAACAACAUUGUACACCGAGACCUGAAGCCCGAGAAUAUUCUCCUAGAUGACAAUAUGCAGAUCCGACUUUCAGAUUUUGGGUUCUCCUGCCACUUGGAACCUGGCGAGAAGCUUCGAGAGUUGUGUGGGACCCCAGGGUACCUAGCACCAGAGAUCCUUAAAUGCUCCAUGGAUGAGACCCACCCCGGCUACGGCAAGGAGGUCGACCUCUGGGCCUGCGGGGUGAUUCUGUUUACACUCCUGGCUGGCUCACCACCAUUCUGGCACCGACGCCAGAUCCUGAUGUUACGCAUGAUCAUGGAGGGCCAGUACCAGUUUAGUUCACCCGAGUGGGAUGACCGUUCCAACACUGUCAAAGACCUGAUCUCAAAGCUGCUCCAGGUGGAUCCCGAGGAGCGCCUGACAGCUGAACAAGCCCUACAGCACCCCUUCUUUGAGCGCUGUGAAGGCAGCCAACCUUGGAACCUCACCCCCCGCCAGCGGUUCCGGGUGGCAGUGUGGACCGUGCUUGCUGCUGGACGGGUGGCCUUAAGCACCCAGCGUGUCCGGCCACUGACCAAGAGUGCGCUGCUGAGGGACCCUUACGCGCUGCGGCCAGUGCGGCGCCUCAUUGACAGCUGUGCCUUCCGGCUCUACGGGCACUGGGUGAAGAAGGGUGAGCAACAGAACCGAGCCGCCCUCUUCCAGCACCAGCCCCCUGGGCCGUUUCCCAUCAUGGGCCCCGAAGAGGAGGGGGACUCAGCUGCUAUCACCGAGGAGGACGCCAUGCUGGCAGUGGGCUAGCACUUCGGCCCCGGGGAACCAGAGUGCAGGACUCUCCAGGAGGAGGAUUUUUAUCAUUCCAGCCCUUCCGGGCUUUGGCCUCAGGCCCCCCUGCCUGGCCAGGCCUACCACUGCUCAUACCACCAUAGGGACCAGCCCUGUGCACCUGUCCCCACCAGCCAGGGCUUUGGGAUCAGAGCUGAGGUGGAAGGCAGCCGCUCGCAACAGCAUGCCCGGCCUUGUCAGUGCUGCCUCUGCUGCAUUUGCAAUAAAAUCCGCUGCGCGCCGGAGGGAGCCAGUG